AUGUUGCGUAUUGGACCGAUUUGUCGCUAUGCUGAAGAUUUACCAAUUAUUCUCAAGGUGAUAGUAUCGGACGAUAAAUUAGAAUCAUUGCAAUUGAACAAGUCGACAGAUUUGAAAACGUUACGUGUCUUCUAUAUGAACGGUAUAUCGAAUUGUUUCGUGGAACCGCUCGGAUCUGAAUGCAGUAACGCUCUGAAAUUGGCCGUGGAACAUUUCGAGCGUAAAUACGACAUAUGCGCAAUUCGAGUGGAUCUUCCGCUGGUGCAUAACGCUCUCGACUUUUAUUUCACAAGUAUGAACGUGCCCGGAGAGCCGGCAAUGACUGACAUGGAUUGUGCGAUGGAGUUCAUCAAGUUGUUAUUCGGUAAAUCAGAGCAUAUGUUUGCGACGAUAUCGCAGGCACUUAUCGAGAAUCAUCCGAUGUAUAGUGAGGAUCGUAAACGAAUGAUAAUGGCGGAUCGUGAUCGCCUCCGACGUGAAGUUUGCGAUUUGUUGCAAGAUGAUGGUAUUCUUCUGUUUCCGUCCUUUCCAACACUAGCACCGUUUCAUAAUCAACCCUUGUUGACACCGUUCAAUUUCCUCUAUACGGCUAUUUGGAAUACGCUCACCUUGCCAGUGCUACAGUGCCCACUGGGCUUGUCAACAGAUGAUCCAUCGAAUAGACUACCAACCGGGGUACAAGUGGUUGGAUCGCCACUUUCGGAUCAUCUUCUGAUGGCCGUAGCACAGGAUCUGGAGGAAGCAUUCGGAGGAUGGGCAGUUCCGCAAUCGGUUGUAGUCAAUGAAUAA